GCUUCCCUUAUAUGACUUUUUGUUUUUUUUUCCUACCUUCCUCUUAUCAUAUUUUUUUUAAAUUGACCUUUGCUAUUCAUGUUAAUUAAACUAACAUAAGGUUUGUUUGCUUGUGAUGCAACGCAUCGUCGAAACCGGCCUCGUUAGUAGUCCUAUAUAAGGAAGGUUAUACCAAAGGACAAACAACACCAAAUUAGUGAAACAGCCAAAAAAAACACAAACACUAAUCAUACUUUCCUUUCCAAAAAAAAAAAAAAAAAAAAAAAAAAACAUAUAACAUGGAGAGUAGCCCAUAUUAUGUAGAAAAGAAGCUUAAAUUGUUUGGGUUCGAAGUCGAUUUAUACAAAAAUCCCGAGAACAUGAACAUGAACAUGAAUGAACACGAAGAAAGUACGAAUUCAUCCAACACAAUCUCCUCUGGUUCUAAUAAAAAAGAAAACCAGCAGGGUGAUCGUGAAAGAAGCUCAUCCGUAACUAACAACAACAGCAGCAACAACAACAACAAUACCACUGAGAUCGAAAUCAAUAAGAAAUUCGAGUGUCAAUAUUGUUACAAAGAAUUUGCAAAUUCUCAAGCAUUAGGUGGCCAUCAAAAUGCCCAUAAAAAGGAGAGAAUGAAGAAGAAGAGGCUUCAACUACAAGCUCGAAAAGCGAGUAUUAAUUUUUACCUUCAACCAUACCAACAGAAAAACAACAAUUCUUCUUCAGGUGCUUUAUGGUACUUUGAUCCUAAAUCUUAUUAUCAUGCACCAGCAGAAAACCAUAAUUUUUCACUUUAUGAAGAAUCUCAAAUUAGCUUCGGCCAGUUUGAUUAUCAACACGAACACGAACACGAUCACCAGAAGCCGAGGGCGGCGGCUUUCCAGCAGUUUACGGUAACGCAUGGUGGCAGCAGGUGCACUUCAGAAAAUAGUACUCCUGUUAUAGUGAAACCUGUUACAAAACAAAGCUGUCAAUCUUUGGAUCUUCAAUUAGGGCUUAGUACAGUUUAGAUUCUAAUGUUGUUAUCAAAAGCUUUCCUAGAGCUGCGUAACUUUUAUGAAUUCUUUGCAUUUUUCUUAA